AUGUCUGCGAGUCCACAGCACUCCGGCACAGGAACCACAAGUCUCCUCGAGAGAUUUGUCCCUAUCGCGGCUCUCGUUAUUCCGUUUCUCGCGUCCGUUGCUCUCAUCUCGACCUCUGGCCUCCGCAUUCUCGGAUCCACGCGGGAAGACAUUCACCGCCAUCAGACGACCAUCUCGGUCACUGUCCAGGUUCUCUAUGCGGUUAUGGGAGCCCUUCAGGUAACCACCCUGACUGUCGUCAUCAGCGCGGGCUUCCGGCUUCGACUGGCCACCCAGCCCAUUCAACUAAGAACCAUCGGGCUGCUCAACGCUAUCAUCGUGCCGCGACUCCCCAAGAGCCUGUCCCUCCCAAGUCUUCUUCCCGCACUGCUCAUGGUUGUCCUUGCACAGGCGCCUGGGGCCAUAUGGGCCGGCGCGUUAGCCCCCGUGCCCAAAUCGGCGGUAGCCAUGCUCGGCAGCGUUGCCGUGCCCCUAUACUCUAACGCAACUGUGGACCUGUGGGACAGCGAGUUCCACCUCGAUAACAACCGCAGUGUUUGGAACUUUGUGCAGAACUGCACCAGCGCGCGCGGCGGCGGCGACUUUUCAUCCAACAUCUCCAUCUCCAACUGCCCUGUCCCAAACUACCGGGCACAGUUGCUCGAGUCGGCCCGCGAGGCCAGCGCCGGCGGUAGCAUCACCUCGCGCAACCACUCCAAGCCCGAAAACCCGGCCUGGACGUACCGUGGCCGCUCGUACGGCAUCGGCGCCGGCCAGGGCCUCACCCCAGUGCAAGGGGUUCCUGCGGACUACAGCCUGCUCAGCUUCACCUACAACGAGACAGGGUACCAGACAAGCGUGACGUGCGAGUUCAACACCAGCGCUGCGCUCAACUUCACCUUUAGCAGCAGCGUCGACAACGUCAAAAUCUGGGAGGUCGAGGGCAACUUGCCCAACUCCAUCGCCGGCGAAUUCUAUCCUGUCAUGGCGUGGCACCGCGACACCCUUGACGACGCUGCGAUCGACGACAUCGACCAGACAGGCACAGGCCACCUCCGCAGCAACGCCAUCCGCUCCAUCAAUGUCCUCUCACGCAUGAGCACCUCGCUAUACAUCUCCGUCCUUGGCGAGGCCCUCGACCACAACCUACAAACGAUUAAAUCCUCUCUCCUGACCGCCAAUCACGACCUGACCACCCAAACGCUCCACGCCACCGCCGACUCAUUCACUGCCAUGCUCGACGACGUGCUGGGCAUAUACGGGGGCAGCCAGAUUGUUCUCGCCGGCAAUUUGACCGGUCAGCGGCCCGCGAGCAUCCGCGGCGAGUUCGCAGCCUACCGUUUAGGACAGCCGCACACCAGUGGGCCAUCUUUGGCGUUAACAUGGCAUUUCUUCUGCUAA